AUGCACUUCAACCUUGCUCUCGUGGCCGCAAUCGCCGCUCUCGCUCCAUCCACCAUGGCGUGCGUGGGCAAGAGCAACAUGCCCAAGGCCACCGACACCAAGUCCAAGAAUACCUUUAUCGAGGUCAAGGCCGGCGAAACCUACGACGGCAAAUAUGUCCGCUUCGACCGCGGCUCCGGUGCAUGCAAGUCUGGCGAGGGUGGCCAGGCUGAUGCUGUCUUCGUUGUCCGCGCUGGCGGUACGCUGAAGAACGCCAUCAUCGGUAAGAACCAGAAGGAGGGCGUUCACUGUGAUGGUGCCUGCACUCUCCAGAACGUCUGGUUUGAGGAUGUCUGCGAGGAUGCCAUCAGCAUCAAGAACGACAAGGCCGGCUCGGUGACCAACAUCAUCGGCGGUGGUGCCUUCCACGGCGAGGACAAGAUUGUUCAGCACAACGGUUGCGGACAGGUCAACAUCAAGAACUUCUACGUCGAGGAUUACGGCAAGCUCUACCGAUCUUGCGGCAACUGCAAGACCCAGUGCAAGCGCUCCGUCCACGUCGAGGGCGUCACCGCCAAGAACGGCGGCGAGCUCAUCGGCAUCAACAGCAACCUGGGCGACAAGGCCACCUACUCCAACAACUGCUUCGACACCAAGAACCAGUGUGUCACCUACAACGGCUGCGCCGGUGGCUGCGAGCCCAAGAAGUCCGGCCUUUGCUAA